CAAUUUGAUACCUUCACUUCACUCCAUGCUCCAUGCCCCAGCUUAAUUCUCCUCAUACACAGAAUUUAUCAAUUGAUAUUCGGUCUCCAGAUUAAUGACGCUGUCAUGACUUUCUGGCUCGCUGCAGCGACGACUCUCAGCUCGGUGUUCAUUCGGAUCGCAAGCUUCGUUUUUCUUCGAUGGAUUCCAGGUGGCUUGAUUGCUCCAAUAAUACUCACAGCCAGUGGUAUUUAUCUCUCGUCGACCUUUCUUUUACUUGGACCAGCGUCUCGGCAGCCUGCCGUUCAAGACUCAAAACUAUCUGCAAAUAAGCAAAAUGUACAAAAGCCAAGUCGAAGUAUAGCGCCAUGGAAAACGCUCUUACUGGGUAGACCUUCGGCGGCCAACGCAUUCACGACCAUUAUCACCAUCCUGAUCAACCUCCUCUUAACUGCGCUUACAUUGGACUUUCUCCUCCGGGCCAGAGUUUUCUAUCCCACAGAGGACCUCGCGUUCUCCCGGAUCGGCUAUGUGUCCCCCACAACAGCCAACUUGCUCGUUCGAGAGCCUUAUGGCGACAACUUCCCUGUGUCGAUAAAGUACCAAGAGGCAUCUAAAUCUGAGACAGGAGCUUGGACCGAAGAAGGAAAGAUUUACCAGCUUAAUGCCAAAUCCGAUUACACCUACCCGGUGGUUUUGAAAAACCUCAAGCCGUCGAUCCAAUAUCGCUAUGCGCUCUCCAACAACCACACUGGUUUAUUCACUACGGCGCCACUACCGGGGACGCAAUCGGCUAAUAGAUUGACCUUCCUCACAUCCAGCUGCAUCAAACCUAACUUUCCUUAUAACCCCUUCUCUCAUCCUUUACGUAUCCCGGGCAUUGAGCAGGUCUCAGAGGCAAUCAAGAAACUUCCCUCUCUCUCCCGUCCCUCCUUUAUGCUCUUUCUAGGUGACUUUAUCUAUAUCGAUGUUCCUCUACGGUAUGGAUCUUCUGUCGAGGAGUAUCGCAGCGAGUACCGCCGUGUAUAUUCCUCACCGAGCUGGUACGAGCCUGAGGACGAGCGCCCAAUCGACCUGCCAUGGAUCCAUACUCUUGAUGAUCACGAGAUUGCCAAUGACUGGGCUAAAGGAAACACCUCACACCCAUACCCAGAAGCAGUCGACCCCUACGCCUUGUACCAUGUCAGCGUCAACCCUCCCAUCCCGCCAACACCAUACGCCGCACCAGAGAACACUACUUAUUUCUCCUUCAUCCAAGGCCCCGCCUCCAUCUUCAUGCUGGACACCCGUACAUACCGCACAACACCAGGCCUCUCCAACUCCACCAUCCUCGGCCAUGCCCAACUAAACUCCCUCCUCGCCUAUCUCGCCCGCCCCGAACCCGCCGACGUAAAAUGGAAGAUCGUAGCCUCUAGCGUCCCCUUCACCAAAAACUGGCACAUCGGCACCCAAGACACCUGGGGCGGGUUCCUCCUCGAACGGCAAACUGUGUACGAGGCGAUGUGGCGUGCUGAAAAAGAACUAGGCGUGCGCAUUAUUCUACUAAGCGGUGAUCGUCACGAAUUCGGCGCCACGAGAUUCCCCGACCCUGCUUACCAGCUCAGCCCCAGCGAGCUUGCGCCAGGUACACCAGGCCAGGGAAUUCACGAAUUCAGUGUCGGGCCCUUGAACAUGUUCUACCUACCCAUCCGAACAUACCGACAGACCGACAGCGAGGAUGUCAUGGUCAAAUACGCACCAGACGGGAAUGUGAAAUUCGGGCAAAUUGAUAUUGGCGUGUACGAUGAUUCCAACAUUAUUAACGAGAAUAAUAAAGGCCCGCAUUCGGUGCUCACGUAUACUCUUCAUGUCGACGGAAAUGUUGUUUGGAAGUAUCAAUUGGCUAUCCCAUUGCAUGCCCCUGAGGUUGGGCGUCUGCCGCCUGGAAGGGUCUUGGUGGAUGACAUCCAUUUGAAAGGAUGGGGGUUGCAAGAGUUUAUCGGGCUGUUGGAGGAGAAGGUUGGUGUUUUGAGAGAUAAACUUCUGCCUUUUGUCAAACGUUGAGAAGGAAAUUUAUUACCUGUGACUAGGUUUGGAUUAUCUCAAAUGUUAGAUAAGUUAGAGCUUGGAUACAAAUUUACAUUUUAUUGCUGUUAUCCAAGUAUGCGUCGUAU